AUGCCAGGACAAGCUAAGAUAUCCAAGACAGCAGUUGGUACUUAUCCUUUUUCCAAACCUUUUGAUAGGUUUGGGGAUUUGCUAUUUGGCUAUGGUGCAAAGGAAAAGUUUUAUCAAUAUUUUGGGUUCAAAUCGGCAGCAAUAAAUGAAGAUUUCAGUAUCAUUACGUUAUAUGAUGGUACAAACUCCUCGAUGCAACAGGAACUUGUCCAAUGACUUGCGCAGAAUCAACUUGCCACCCGACUCAGAAGUGUCUCAGCCUAA